AUGUUACUUCCUCCAAAUCUGUUAGGAGGCAACAACCGCGAAUUUUCUUCUCCUGACACAGCCACGGGUGCCUUCCAGCGUGUUAAAGAGAUCCUCGCGAGUACAACUGAUUUGCCUCAAGCGCUAACUGAUGCCCUGGUGUCCACUGUUGCUGACGCCUCCAAUCGCACCGUAAGUGUAGCCCUCCGACAAAAAAACCACAAAGGGCACCCAAGCCCUAUGCUUCUACCCUGCUAAAUGGACACCCCCAAAGUUCUUAUAGUACUCCUUGCCAUUUGUCUUGCUAUUAAGAAUUUUCGUAACUAUUUUAAAGACAGAGAUUUUUGUGUUUAAACUGACCAAAAACCCCCUACUCCCUCUGACAAGUAUUCACCCCGUGAGGCCCGAAAUCUUGAUCUUAUCUCUCAAUAUACCCAGGAUAUUUGAUUUCUUAAAGGACCCUCUAUUCAGGUCGCUGACUGCCUAUCCCGACCUGGAAUUAAUAUUAUUAUCCGCCCUUCCAUCGACCUAGAGUGCAUGGCUGAGCUGCGGCAGCAGCAGCCGAAUUUUUCUGAAGAACUACAGUAUACAAACCUUCAGAUUUAAGCUACCCCUCUGUUCGCCACCUCCACUGCAAUCUUGUGUGAUGUGUCGUGCGGUUCCACUCGACUUACAGAAGUAAGUGCGAUGCGACGAGAUGUUUUCACCGCGUUACGCAAUCUCGCCCACCCUGACAUCCGGGCUACUCAGCGUCUCGUCAGCGACCGUCUCGUUUGACCCAGCGUAAACAAUGCUAUCCACCAGUGGACUCGCCAAUGUUUGGCCUGUCGAAAAGCCGAAAUCGGUCGUCAUAGCAAAGCCUUACUUAGAACCUUUCUUGCACCGGAUGCACGUUUUGCGCAUGCGUACGUAAAUCUCGCAGGUCCUUUGACAAAAUCCCGUUUUUGCAGCUAUUUUCCCUCUGCUACUGACCAAUUCACGUGAUGGCCCAUCACAACUCCGAGUUCAAACAUCGCUGCAGAUACUGCCGCUCAUGCCUUUUUGGAACACCGGAUUUGUCAUUAUGGUGUCUCCACAACUAUUAUCACUGAACGAGGCCAUCAGUUUGAAUCUGGCCUUUUAAAGGCCCUCACAGACCUCCUCAGGUGCUCUUGUAAACGUACGGCAGCUUACCACCCCCAUUCAACAGUCUAGUUGAGCGUUUCCACCGUCAACUAAAAACCUCGCUCCGAGCUCAUGAUAACCUCGCUCAUUGGAAUGAGUAUCUCCCUUUGGUCAUGCUAGGUAUCCGUACCUCGCUAAAACCUGACCUGAAGUGCUCGCUUGCCGAACUUGCUUACGGGACUACCAUACGGACUCCCGACGACUUUUUCGGGCCAUCCGAAAGUUUAGCCGAUCUGCAUUGUGCUGAUUGUGUCCAAUGGCUGCGCCAAGCAAUGGUUAAUCUCUGGGCCAUAUCUACACGCGUGGCAGCAAGUAGGUCGUAUAUUGACCCUAACUUUCUACCAUGCUUCUUUGUAUUUGUCCGCGUGGGUAGUGUUCGUAAGCCACUACAACGGUCCUACGGCGGUUCAUUUCGAGUCCCGUAGCGCAGGGAAAAGCAUUUAAAAAUCGGCCGUGACACCACACCGAAGUGUUAUCGACCGAUUGGUUGAAAGUGGCCUAUACCGACCCUGCUUCGCUCACCCCGACAUAUCGGCCUCCUUUAUCUGCCACAAUGCCUUCGUCGAUUUCCCCGCCUCCACCUGAUAACCCUGUGCAUCCUCUUCCCCUCCCAAUUCCGGCUCCUACGCGCAGUGGUCAUCGUGUUCGUUUCCCUGAUCGUUACCAACAUGCAUAUUAUGUCUGCCACUUGCGUAGUUCACACCCAUCUUGAACAUUCGAACUCUGUUCUCCUGCUAGGGGAAGUAAUGUAGUGACAUGAAAAAGCGUUCUAUUUUAGCACGCCAAAAAUGACCUGUAAAAAACUUUAGCACAACUUUCAGCGGCAGGUUACUGUCACGCAGCAUUCUUGCGGGUGCUUUUUUCUAAUUCUACUCGUGAUAGGCUGGUUUAAUUCUUACAGCCCCUGAUUUUCGCGGAAAUCAAAGUCGUUUUGCAUUUCAACCAAAGGCUGGCAAUGGAGUAGUCAAAACUGCGAAAAUUAUUCACGUAAAGGACGUAGGAACUCUGACUUACUUACGCGUCCUAUCGAUUUUCUAAAGGAAUUUGCUCAAGAAACGUGUUUUCUCUCUUUCAGAGUCCAUCACUUAAGUAUCGUAAGCAGACGAACCAUCUGAUUGCGGCCUCUUGACUGAAAAAAGGAUUCAUCGACUUUUGAUACAUGUGCAAUUCCCCUAAAACUACUUUUAAUGUAAAAUGAUUAGGUCGGUUUAGCUGCAAUUUUUAAAUUUAUGGCGGUCCUUAAGGUUUUGACAUUGAAGAGUUCAUUUUGCAUUCAAAGUGCGACUUAAUAACAAAUUCCAGCAGUUUGCCUUAUGUAGCAACUCGAUAAAUCCUCAGUUUAUCUCUAGAUAAUUUCUCGGGAAUAUGAAUCCUAGGGUAUAUCGCAUAAUUUGGUCUAAUAAUGGCUCAACUCCCUUUUCUGUAGACACCCUUAGCUUGCGAAUCGCAGUUGUAGAAAGCAGUCUCAUUGUCUCAGAAAUUUUCACGUUUAAAAGUUUGGGAAAACGCCUUUUAAGAGAGAUGGGUUUUGGCAAGACCUUAAUACAACCGAUUGUAGGUAAUAGAUGAAAAAACUGAAGAAACGGGUUACAGUUUGCAAAACAGUUUGCUUUGGACUAAGGCUAAAUACAUGCGGACCAAAAAAAAGUCCGGGUCUGAAAGCGUGUUGUACGGACGUUUCUGCAUUUACGAUGCAGACGGAGGGUAAAAAGUAUGACUUUCGUUAACAUUGUCACGGAUACCACAAGUUAUAUAUCAUUUGUUUCCAUAUAGUGCAUUUCUGCGUGCAAAUCUUAAAUGAGGAAUACCAGGCAUCAAUGCGGAAGUAUUAUAAAUAGAAACCAGCCCAAUAUGUUGCUUAAUGAUGAGUUGGGUGACCCCUAAAACUACGGCACUCCUCGUUUUAAAAGGUGCAAACUCUAAAACCUGCGUUCUACACAAAAUGUGGGAACUCGAAACAUUAACUGCAAUGUUGCGUACCCGUUCAGCUGUUGCCACAGAAAAGCUAUUGGCCAGAAUAGAGCUGCUGCUGUUUCCCUAUUAACCAAACGAUAAUCGACAAUUUCCCAUGAAGUUGGGCACCCAGACGUGGUUGAAGUUUAUCUGACAUCCUUUUCUGAAGGCGGAUGCACAUCACACUCGAAGCUUUUACACUCGACGACAUAGGUGCGGUAAAAUUUAAGGCAAGGACAUUUAUUUUAGAACUCGCCUUCUCAGCCUACCACAAUGAAUAUCACCUGAUUAAGUUGUGGCUAACCUAUAUUUGACAGUCCCUGUGAAGUAUUAAAUGAUACUGCGUUUAGGUGUUCUUUUAGCAACGUUUAAAGUUAUUGUAGUGAGACUUCGUAAACACAUUUUCGAAGCGAAAAUUGCGAAAUCAGACUAAAAGCGACGCAUGUUUAUACUCACACCCGUAAAUUACCUUGAAACGAAUGACUGGCUUUUGUUUAAACAAUCUGACGAACUAUACCAGAGAAGAAACACCCAACAAAACGUAAGUUUAUUAUAAAGCAAAGGGACCUGAUCACAGUGAACUGAUUUCUUCAGUCAGAAAAUUUUUCGUUUUCGGUGGCCCCUGUGAUGAUUCACGUUUGAUCUUGGAGGCGCCAAAAGUGAUUAAAUCUGGUUCAUUAAAACCGCUGUGUGGGCCUAGCAUCUUUGCCGCAGAUUUUCGUCUUUAUGAAGAGGAAUCAGCACAAAUCAUAAAAUACACACAUGCAUCACGCUAAACACCUACGGUCUAAGGGAACGGAAUUCUCUCAGUAAUGAAUGUUUUGCCCCUAGGAAGUAGAUGGCAAAAACGAAUUGGAAUUACCAUAAAUUGACGUGAUUAAAUCAACAAUCUAAAAAAACAUGACAAUGAAUUAAUAGCUGUGGUGUCCACAGACAAAAGGCACUUAUUGGAGUAGAAAUAGAGUUACUUGAACAUUGCCUCCUAUAAGUCCGGCAGAUUAUAUCAUAUAACCAUAAGUAAUGCGGCAAAAUGCAUGAUAAUAUAUGCGAUAGAAUAAAGGUUGACAAUAUUUAUUGCAUAACUUUCGUCUGUAGUAUCAUGCCCAUCUAUUUGCUUUAGUCUAAUGUGAAAACUUCCUUUCUCUUCUGCAUAAGACAGCUUUCUUAUUUCUUAUUAAAUUACUUUGACUGAAGGCAAGUGUAUGAAUAUCACCGUAAUACAGUUGGCUUUGCGAUAAAUCCUAGGGGUAGCUAUUUCUAUGGCCUAACUUGGACUCUAAUUCCAACACAAAUCCCGAAAUCACCCCUUGUAACAUUUGCACUAACCCUUAGCUAACCCUUCACGAAUUUCGCGCAAUGCGCCUGUAAUACGAAGGAUACUUAUUUCUCUGUUCUGCCAGCGUUUUUACUUACACACAUAAAAUAGUUCGUUAGUAUUGUCGAAUAUGCCUGAACUAUUUUCGGAGUACAGACUCCCCAACCUUGUUUAACGAUCAGUCGGCGUGGUUAUGCUCGACCUCCAAUGAGUGAAUAUUUGUGCUGUUUUGCGGAAGCCUGCAAACCAAAUAAACAUAUUACUUUAAGCGGCAUUACUUUGCUACCCGGACGUCGUCUUCGCCUUCGUCGAUUGUCAGAAAAGAAGCAUUAUGCCUUAACCAAGCAUUGCAAAUCACAAACACGUAAAGGGCAGGUGGUUUUGAGCUGUUCAUGAUGCGUCAUAUGCAGAGAAUGAAAUUUUAUCCCCACGAAUACCUCAAGCGUUUUAUGCAUGUUCAAAAAUCGCGGACUCACAACUUGAGGAAAUAAACUUUAUACCUCUUGAGACAAAAUUUUCACAUGUUCUAUAGAGAAGAUUUGAUACCCUUGUCCACUAAUCUGUUUGAACUUUUUGUAAGUGCUUUCGAUGCUUGUCUUGCCUGACCGUCAAAAUCUGACAUUUUGCCAGGACAGAAUACUAUUUCGAGAUAACUGCAGCCGUAACCGGUUGUAAUCACCCUAACUAUCAGAAACGUUUUCCAGGCGCGUUCACGGUAGCGUGAGACGUGGGUAAGAAAUAGUCGACGUUCAAAUACUCACGCCAACACCUAUUUCGGCGAAGGAGAAGAACACGUUUGUGGUUAAGAAUAUCCGUAGACAGCAACAGUAAUUUCCUGGAACGGACAAUUCUAUAUUAACAGAGAGAUUGAAAGGCUAUGCCGCAGUAUAUAUUUGCAUGCCCUUUUAUGCAAAAGUAUCAAACCUGUAAGGUCUCUGCAAAACUUGAUACGUCUGUCGCUUGCCCUGUUUUUAAGAUGCUGCUACUAUUUGUCAUGCACAACGUAGGGUCUUCUAAUAAGAAAAACACGGAGCAUUAAGUUAUGUCUUUUGUACCGUUCUGUGAUCUUUGACGAUUUGGGCGCAUUACUGAAUAUAGAUAUAUAAUCUACACGUAUAUAAUCUAACGUAAGAAUACGGAUAGGAUAUUGAAUGACCUUACCCUCUUCAUGCGUCUUAGAUUACUUCCCCAGAUAAUAUAAUGUCACUGGUAUGGUGUCUACACUGCUCUGUAACGUCGCAGGGGAAGUUUUUCAGCAGAUAGAAAGAAAAUCACGUUAACUUUAGUGUUUGGGAGAAAUGCACAUCCUUCAAUUAGAAGACCACCCAUAAAGUUGGCCUAUGCGUCAUGCUAGUAAAAUAAGAUUUCUGACAAAUACGUUUGACUACCACAGUCGGCAACUAAAUCAAAGUUUUUGUUUUAGCUCUAUAGAAUUUCGGGCUUAAUUAUAAUUAACCGAUCAGUAUAUAUUCGGGUACUUUUUUGCCCUUCUUUCGAAAAUCCCUAUCAUGAGUAAUACGUUCAUCUUCUGGCCGUGAGAUGCUCCUUCCAGAAAGAGCAAAACAGGUAAUAGUCUAUAUGCGUUAACUGUCGCGCACAAAAGUGUUUGAUGGUGGAGUCGUUAAAUUAGACCAAAUUUUGUAAGACAGCGCUUGCUUUUACAUUAAAAUUAAUGAAAUGUGAUUGCAAGGUUUAUCAACCUGCCCCUAUGUUUACAUUUUACUGUCCACUAGAAGCGUUAGAAAUAGGAAGUAAGUCAUAUAAAUAGCCAGAUAAGCCCAGACCAUUACGCAGGGAACGAGAGGCUGCUCUGAUCGUUUUUCGCAUUAGAAUCCCUUUUUGCUCCGUCCCUAACAGAACGAAUGUACAGCUGUAGAUUCUGACUAGCUAUGUGAAAACUGCUGUACUAAACUAUUUUCGCAGUAUUUAGCAUAUUGCUCAAUUUAGCUCACUUAAAAUCAAGAGGAAUUCCUGCGCUAAUCUAUUUUCAAGAAAAUAGUGAAGCGAUGAAACUCACAGACACUAUAGAAAGGACAAAUUAGUAUCUUGAGAGUGACCCAAUAUGGAAGUUGGUGAAUGAUGUAAUUAGACUACAGUGUGGCUUAAAGUUCUCCUAACCAUUUCGGCAUGCUUCUCAUUUACCUAUGCUUUUCGCAGUAUAUCCUUUGCUUAAAGAACCGAAUAUUGCACUCGUAUUUUGACAACAAUUAUUGCAGACAUGCCUUUGUUUACUACGUCAAUAAUUUUACGUCAAGCAACAUCUCCCAUAACAGAUAAAUUGGUGAGAAAAUGCAGGAAUAAAGCAAAAUACACCAAAAGAAACCAAAGGUAAAACUCUCUUGCAAAACUAAAUUUUACAAAUGAUUUCCAUUAUAAUAUGCGCAGUGGCAUGAUUCCACUUGGUAAUCAAAUAAAAUUUAAUAAGUGAAAAUAGAACGCACGUUGUUUUCAGCAAAAUAUCUGGCAUAUCUACUGCCGCUGAACAGAAUUAUUAGCUGUUUGCCUGUUUCCAAUUAAUACAUCUUCGGCAACGUUAGAAAUCUCCCUAAGCUUUAAGAAUAAGGCAUUCAAGCACAUGACAAAUAUUUUUGCCGCAUCUUGCCGUCUCAGCCCUUCUCUUUGGCGCACGAAUUUAAAUGCAAAUGCCGUGUGCGCCGAGAAGCUUGACAUAAUUUCCAGGGUGUCCCUUUGCUCUGCGCUGAUUGCCUAUUUACAUAUUGCAAUGAGCACUGGAAACGGAUGAAUCAACACAUUUUAAAUCUUCCAUCGAAUACAAUUCCCAAACCUCUCUUAGAUUGUUUGUUCAUCUCACAUCAAAUGUUGCAAAUUACUAAAUCAGAUGGCCAAAGGAAAAUUUACUGUGAAUCUGCAACUGGUUUUCAGAAGAGCUGAUCAACUAUGAACUUCUACAGAAUAUUUGGAUUUGCGUCUCAGAUUGAUUUUCGAAUUCGGCAAUCAAAAUGAAUAUGCUAUUUGCACCGACCUCAGGAAAUGUCAACUGGAAUUCUGAGUUGAAUUUUCAAUUACAAAGGAUUAUAUAAGUGGAAUUGUAAUAAUAAUCAUUGUGGAGCAUAAACCCAGGGUACUGCAAACGCUCCUGGAUACUGACCCUUGAUUGCACUUCUUUUUAGCCGUCUACAGAAACCGUGCUCGGAAAAUAUCACUCCCUUAAUAAUGUAAAGUCCUCAUUUGUUUUCUUCGGCCUCGUAAAUUUAAAUAUAUUUUAUGAAAAACAUUCAUAAAAAUAUUUCGUCUUCCUAGAAAUUGGCAGAAAUUCACUUUUUUCGAAAUUUACAACUCGUGUGAAGCGAGUAUUUAGGUUUUAAAACAUUUUUAAUGUUCAGAUAGUUUCGAGUCCUAUCUAUCUUCUUACUUGCGCUAAGGCUUUCAGACCAUAAGAUGUAAACUUUCUGUGUAGGAAAGUCCGUACAUGCCUCUAGGCCACAAGAACAUGAAACAUGCAGUCCAUUAAGUUUUGCAAUUGAUGUUCUAUGUGUUACAAUUGUAUGAUAGCACCAAUAAACAGAUAGAUGCAAUGAUGUUUGAAUGGACACCGUCCGGUCUUAAAAAAAUUUAUAAUUUAUCUUUAAAAGACAAAAAUUAUCUUUUAAGAAUAUCACCUCUAGUCAAAAAGCAGGUUUCUACCAAACAUAUAAAAACAUUUCAGGAUUUUGGCCAUGAUUUCAGGAGAUCGAUCAGUACCUCUACAUAUGUUAGAUCCAAACGUUAAAUAUCAUCUAAUGAAGAUCUUUAUAAUCGUAGCACCAAAGUUAAAUAGUCUGGUCUGAAAAAUUUUCAACCAAUCAGAUGCGCAAAAAGCCUAAUUUGAAACUGUGGCUUUUGUUACAAUGAGUAACUUGUGGAAAUUGUAAAAUGAAGCAAACCUGCCUGAUUUUGCAAUAUAUGGAGUCUAGUAAUGUGCCAGAUAAAGAUCUUAGUUAGCUUUUCAGUGUUAAAAAGUUUUUGUGGCCUACUUGCGUCCGUAGCUGCCGAAAAUGUGAACGUGCACCAGAUUAGAUGAAGUUACUAUGCUCGUAAAUAUGGGAAGGGUUCCCAAGUCCGCGCUAGUGUGCAAACAUACGGCCGAGCUGCUAUAUUAAGCCUAUGUUUGCAUGCACUAAUGACUAAUGUCGAGAUGUCCAAAUACGUCCUCGUAAGCAUGACUAAAGGACAUUCUCCAAGAAUGAAUGCGGUGUCCUGCAAUAAGAAAGUCCUCGUAUAUUUUGUUAUCAGUUUUGUAUCAGUGUUUCGAAGCCACACUAGUUACCUGGAUGGUAUAUAGAUGGGUUGCGCAAAUUGUGUUGUUUUAUUUCGAGACGCACGAGGUCUCGACAUAACCGCACGUACAGCGUGAUAUGAAUCAGCAUUUUGGCAUUUUGUUCUGGGAUAUAAAAUAUUUGAAUAUUUGCCGAAUUUAAUGUGUACCAGACAGAAUGCUAGUCUUUUCAAAACAUAAUCCGAUGUCUACUAAUUUCUGACACAAUUUAUUCUAUUCUCAAAAAUAAACUUUGAAAUUUAUAUCAGACUACAUUUGGAACAAACAAAAUAUCAACAUGACAAACAUGAACUAAGGAAAUAACGAAUUGCAUACAACCGAUGAAACGUCGGGCUCCUUUUCAGAAUACAUUACAAUCUAACUUUGCAUCUUCAGGUUCAUUUUCCAAAGGUCAGGGACUUAUACUUCGUCAACGCUUCCAAACGUUGUAUGUUUGUGCAAUAAACUGUGAUGCCACGAGUUAAAUAAAACAGUGCUUUGCAUCUCUUGUUGUUUGCAAAGGAGAAUUUCUGUCCCCAGUGCUUCAACCAGUUGUGCAAUUUGUAGCUGAACCCGGAACAAUUUGUCACAAUUGUUGAUAUUUGCAAAUUUUUCAUACUAUUGUAAGGACAUAGGUAAUUUUGGAAAUAGCAAAUGAUUGUAUAAUCUGAUCGGAUCUCGGUACACAAAUUUGGCGCUAUUUGCAUGGCUAAAGUUGAAAUCCGACGACAAAAAUCACUAGAUACACCAAAAACCUAUUCCACUAGUGAAGUGAAAACGCAAUCAAGGACAAUUCAAAGGCACAAAUCAAAAACCUAUUUAAAAAAAAUAUACAAGUUCCCUUUGGUCUACCUGCAACUGGGUAAAAAUAAAAGGGUGUUGAAAACACCCUUUGGAAACAUGCUUUUUGAUUGAAAGACGGAAAGGGGCGCAGACUGUCAAGGAAGAAAUAAUCUUGGUAAAAUAUACUACGCUUGAAUAAAGUUUGCUUUGGUCUGCAAAUGGUGUUUAUCGAUCACACAAAAAUUCCCACUAGUAUUUGCCUAUAAAAUUGCUGCACCUUUAUGUAAAUUUCGAACAACUAGCGAAUGUGUUUAAUCCAAAUAUGGUUCACUAAAUAAACAUAAUACAGGUCUUAUCGGAAGGUUAAAUGUCCGUUCAAAAUCAUGAGGAAAUUUGUGCCUACUUCAACUGAAAUCAUUUUUUGGCAAAGCAACGUUAUAUAUGAACAUGUUAUUUUUUAGGAUAUAUACAUACCAACGUUGAACAGAAUUUGAGUUGACGACAAAUGUGCCAGUUAAAAACCCUGUUUGAAAAAAAGCCCUAUACUACUCAAGUAAUAAAUUACCUAUUCGAGACAAACUUUUUCCAAGUGAAUCGGGAAAAGGUGCUCUGGGCGAAUGCGAAAAAUACAUUUAAAUCGAAUCGUCCUCGGCAGCAAAAUGAAAAUGACAUUUGAGUAUAGCUUGCAAACAUAUCAUCGACAGAAAAAGUCAGAUAAACCGAAAAUAGAACUUAGUGACGCAUUUUUAUCUGGUGUAGGAAAGCAUUGCAAACUGGCUCCUUAAGUUCUGUUUUCAUGGAUAAAACUAUAAACAAGAAAUUAUUGGAGAUUUAGUUAUUCUCUCUCAUGCCAAGGCUAAUAAAGCUGCGAUUUCUACUCACGCUGCAAUGAGGCAGUUACAAUACCGAAGAGCCAUGAAUGCGGACAUGCAGAUACGUCAAAUAAUGCAAUUGCGUAAAGAAGAUCACGCAUAAGUUUUACAGCUUAAGAGAUGAAGUUAACUGAAAGCUCUUGGGGUUCUCGAGCUCAAAAUUCAAAGAGGCCUAGUUGCCUACAAGAAAGUGCAAUGGAAUGUGAAAGUAGUGAAGACAAACCGCUUAGAUAGUGGAGCGGCUUAACUGUGCCGAAAAAUGUAGCAGGUGUUGGGACUGACAAGAAAGAGAAAAUAAGACCAAACGAUCAGUAGACAUAUUCCCUGAACCUGUUGCUUCCGUCAAGUGCUGGGUACAGUAGAAAAGUAUGUUUUGACUACGAAGCGCACCAAUGGCGUUGCUGCUCAAUAAGAGGGGCUUUUGGCUAAACCUUAGCACAACUUAAUAUUAAGAUAAUUUAUGCGAUCACAACUAUUACCUGCAAGGGCUACUUAGAUGAGAACGUACACAGAUUGUCUUCAAGUUAACGUCAGCGCUCUCAGCCCUUACGAUACUGGACAACAAAUCUGUGCCACUAUAUGCACUAGGACGAAUGUCCCUAGUCGCAAGCGCAAAACGCUUUGUACCGCCCCCCCCACCAAAAUGACUGCAACGUCUGAUUUCAGCUUGCAGUUAAGCAGUACUUGUCAUCUUAAUUAAUACUUGGCUAUGGUAGCUGGUCCGCCUGAUGCGUUUAAGGAACAGUUGGAUAGCAGCAUGGCCACUCUGCGACAAAAGAUGACGAAGAUGUCAAUGGCUUUUUUCGCUUGAUGCGCAAGAACGUUCAUUAAGUCACGUACACGCAUGAAAAACAUUUCUUUAUUCGCUGCUCAAUUUUACCAUGAAAGAUAUCGACGGCAUCAGCGUUAAUCUGUGAAAUAGUGAAGCGGAUUUGAAGCAAAAACGCAUGUUAUGCGAUUUCGCGAUUACGUUUUGCAGUUGUCGGUUAUUCUGGUUGAUUCCAACGAGCACGUAUGCCUGACUGCAGGCACUGCGCAAGGCGCCUAAGCAGAAAAUGCAUCCGCCAGAAAGCAGUCAAUUUGCUUAGUGCCCUUAAGGUCCACCUUAAUCCAUUAGCUGCAGAACUGAGGACAUGCAUGCGUAUGACAUCUCAUAUUACGGGGGACUGAAAUGCAGCAGUGAGUUUUCGCAUUUCGUAAAGGGUUUUAGUAUUUGCGACUUCAUCCACGUUAACGGUUUUGUGCAAAUUUGGGGAAUUUUCUGACUUGCCGCGGUAUUCACCAUUUUUCCAAUCUUUAAGUUCUCUCUCUCUCUACCCCACCGCGUUUACCUUUUACUUGCUGUCGCUUAAUUUGGAAACAUGUCCUUUAUUUCCUUCGCGUUAUUCACAUAAAUCGGUGAAUUUCGACAUGCGGAAUAGUUUUUUUAGAUCCAAUUGUUGUCGGCCGCAAAUGUGGUCAAGGAGCCAUUUAUGCAACUGACUGAUUGGAUGCAUCCCUCCUGGGACAGUAAUCGACAUCGAUACAAUCAGCAUUUUUUCUUUCUGGAAUGAAUUUGGCAAAUAUGCCAAGUGGCGUCUUUGUAAGUCCCCACAGAAAAGAUGAACCUAGACACACUAUUGUCAACAGCAACGCGCAAUAUGUGGCAAGUUCCACAGAACACUGACCAAAUUAUUUUGUAGGCUGUCCAUCCUCAAAAGAUAUUUUGUUGAUUUUUAUGUCAAAAGUUUCUUCGUGUCUCUAGCUGUCUAGCCUAUGACGCUUUCUUUUUUCUGACUGGUUUUUAAGGCCGACUUUUAGACGGAGUCUGAAGUGAUGUCUAUUCUUCUUUUAAAUCGGCUCUGCUGAUCUGUCCUCCGUGUCGCUAAUGCCGAGUUUUUUACAUUCAAGGAACUUGUGAACUUUUUUCUUGUUUUGCUCUUUUAUUCAUUUCUAACAUUUACAUGAUCGUGAUAAGUUAAAUUAGCCUAAAGCUUUGGUUUUUUAAUGAACGUAAUUAAGUUCAAGCCUUUUCUGUUAGGUUUACUACGUAAUAACUUUUGGUAGAUUCCUAUAAAUACAUUGAUGCCUACAUAACAAUAUUGCCAAAGGUAAUGGAUGAAACACCCUUUUUCAGACUUCUGCUGACUUACGAAUUCUGUCUAAAGUUUAUUCAGCACUUUUAAAAGUUUUGGCAUCAGACUGCCUAAAUAAUUUUCAGGGACAGUAAUUAAUUGUCCUUUAAUUUAACCAGAAAGAGACUUAUAACCUAUCACUUCUUGUACUCAACCGCAAUCUACUUCCUGUUUCUUUACAUUUGUUGACUUACAACUCUCAAGCAAGUGCAUGUCUCGUAUAUUAGUGAGGCCUCUGCGAAUGACCUUGUGAUUUAACUCGACAGUACUUAGUAAUGUAAAAUUAUUACAAUGUUAGAAUUGAGGAAUCGCACGGUCAGCCACUAUUAAUGAACUCUUUUAGCAAGAGGAUGGGAAUGGGGGCCCUUUCUUUUUUGACUCAUUUUUAUUAUACUUCAGUCAAAAGACACCUCGAGCUUUUAAUAUUGACCUGAAUGCGCGGACACAUUUGAACUUAGCACAAACUUAAUUUUUAAGGACGCUGUUGAAAGUUUCAAUCCUUUUGGCUUGGGCGCCGUUCUCAGAGGUGACGACAAUACGAAGACAUAAACCGUUUUACUUGGGCAGUGACUCAGUAUGCACGUCUUGUCAAAGGAAUUGUCAUCGAAGUAAAUGUAUAGUGUCUUACUUUUGAGUCAUCCUAUCUCGAGAGGGAUUGCGUAAACUAGCGACAAAAAAUCAGCUCCAGUUUACAGUAACAUUGUGAUUUAAAUUUGCCAUGGUUAUUCGGGAAAAAGAAGCGCUCAACAAUAGGCAUGUUUAUGCAAAUAUUUUCGCCCAUUAUUUGAUCCAACCUAUUGGGAAUUCCAAGUAUUAAAGCAACAAUAUUUAUCUUAAAAGGGAUGUGUGCAGUGAAUCAAUAGAUACCUGAAUCCGGCUAUCCGCAAACACCCUCUUGUUAGUCUUUUAGCGUUAACGUCUUACUUUAAAACUUUUACAAGUUCGAGUAAACUAAUCGUAUUGGAUUUAAACACAUAAGAGGUAUUUUAUCUGUGAGUAUAAAAUGUCUGGCACGAUUGAUUAAAGCUUAGGUCAGCCUACACCAACUGACUGCCAACUUGACGUUUCGACCGUGAACUGACAAGCUCAAAUACCUUCGAGUCGGCCAAGUUAAGAAAGCUUUAUUCACACCAGAUAGACCUUAACACUGUACUCUCGCAAAUUGCAUAUUAAUCUGACUAAUGCACAUCGAAGUUCAUUGAAGUUUCCUUAAUCGCCACGAAUGAAGCUACGUAUCCCAGCGUUCAUAGUGACUUUUUCUUUAACAAUUUCGACCACUGAAGCAAAACAUGGGUGCCAAAGGUAGCAGCGAAAGCUCCAAUUUUAAUUGCAGUUUAAUUCAUCCAUUGGCACGUCUAAGACACGGAAACGGAUACUUUAGUCCUGACAGAAUCUUGGACUUCACGGAAAGGUAAGAAAAUCGGGUUUUUCUUAAGACUCUCUUUUUAAAGAUGCACUACAAAUGACUUAACCAAAGCAGCAUAAAAACAUAAAUAAUUGGCACAGCAGCGGCCAAACAGGCCGAAAUAUAUACGACAUAAUUCGACAAGUCGUUGCACUACGAACGGGCGUCUUCAAAUUUAAGUGACUCUCUGGACCGAUCUCAACUCGAAUGACGUUUAGCGCCAUGAUGUUUGUAAAUGAUCUAUCCUUUUAUGCAUUCGAAUGCGUUAUUUUUUCGGAAAAGUUAAGAUCAGGCUGGGUGUGCACAUUUUGCGACAUAAUUCACUCCGCCGGAUAUCUAUUUUUCAAGUUCUGCAGUGACUCAGCUGCGCUCAAAGCAGACCUGGGCUUGCUGAUCGGCCUCUCCGCUGCAAACUUUGACAGUUUGAAACAACUAGAGCGCCAUUCAAAAACUGCUUGACAACAACAGAGUUGCAGUAUGAAGCUCUCCAAUCAGCUAUACUUCGGGUAGGCUCCGGUCACCGGCAGGCAUGCACAAGCGCUGGAACAGUGUGCGAACCUGAUAGGUUUGAUAAAUCACCCGUUAUUUUGCUUUUUUAAGAAGUGAUAAAAAUCUAUUCACACAGCACAGCAGUCUGACAAUUCGCAUUCCCAAUGUUUUAGAUAGAACUGUCAACUCCACUUGCGCAGGGCUGAAGUUUGGACAAAAAGCUGCAUACAGUCUGUGAUUUUAAUGGUCACUGGAAAAAACAAAACUUUAUCAAGCCGAAAGGUCAGUUCAGCCCUCUAAAUGCGCGACCGUAGCCAUGUUUAAUAUCAAACGGUCAAGUCCGCAUCAAACCCAUGGUGUGCUUUAAAUUGUUCAGUUUUACAUACGCGUGCUUAUACAUUUGUCUUUAUUGCGAAAAGUAAACGGAGCGGCAGGAUGCAAAAGCCAACUUCUGAAACCCCAGAACCAGCACGGUUUCCAGUCACAGGUUUUGAAAAUCGCAGUAUGAAAAUUGGGAUUUUGGCUUCGAGACUUAGGGGAACUGACAUUAAACAGAAACAAGCUUCGCACGGAUGCUCAGAUGCCGUUACAAUUCAUUUUAGGCUGUCUUACAAUUAUAUUUUAUUUUUGUAAAUAAUGGAAUAUUUUCAAAUGCUUCAAACUUAGCAUAUUGAACGCCUUGAAGACGUUAUUGUCAAUUAAAGGAAAAUAUGAUCAGACACUGCUGGCUUUUUUAAAGUAAUCAGUGUGAUUUCGGCAAACGAUGACAAGACGAUCAGAAUAUUUCUAUGCGGCGUCUGUAUAUCUUCCAGCAUUGACUAUUGUUAUUUACCGUUGAGAAUUUAGCAUGGACUCAAGAAAUAAACUCGAAGACUAAACAAAUGCGCAUCGUACCCCGUUCUAAAAAUCAGUACUUUCAGAAGACGUCUCUUUUAGGCCAAAAUAAUGAAAAAUGUAUCCGUUUCCCUGUCAGGUAUACAGACAAGUCAUUUGAUCUGAGCAUUCAACUGCAGCGUGAGAAAGGUAUGUGAAUUGGUAAGUAUAAUAAUAGUAAAAUGUCAUUUAAGAAAAGAGAUUAGUCUAUCAAGAUGAGCUAUAAACCUGUGAUUGCUUGACGUUUUCCAUAGUAAGAAUUAGUUUUUUUUAGAUAUAACGGAUGCUGCUUCGACGAGACGGGUCCGGACCAGUAACCUCAAGUAA